UCUCAAGAGAGCAGCAUGUUCCCUUUGCUCUUUGGGGCUGGACUGGUGGUUCUGAACCUAGUGACUUCUGCUAGGAGCCAGAAGACAGAACCCCUUAGUGGCUCUGGGGACCAGACACUCUUCCAUGGAGCAGAUCGAUGUGACUUUGCCAUCAUGAUCCCUUCAGGAGGCACAGAAUGCUUUUGGCAAUUUGCCCGCCAGACUGGAUACUUCUAUUUCAGUUAUGAGGUUCAGCGGACAGUGGGAAUGUCACGUGACCGGCAUGUUGCUGCCACCGCACAUACCCCACAGGGUUUCCUCAUAGAUACCUCUCAGGAUGUUCGGGGCCAGAUUAACUUCCCUACCCAAGAGACAGGUUUUUAUCAGCUUUGUCUAAAAAAUCAGCAAAAUCGCUUUGGUUCUGUGCAAGUGUACCUCAAUUUUGGAGUCUUCUAUGAGGAUCCUGAGAUGGACCACAAACAGAAUGAGAGAAAACAACUGAAUGAUACUCUGGAUGCAAUUGAGGAGAGUACACAAAAGGUGCAGAACAAUAUCUUUCACAUGUGGCGAUACUACAACUUUGCCCGAAUGAGGAAAAGGGCGGACUUUUUCCUUCUCCAAUCAAAUUAUAACUAUGUGAACUGGUGGUCAACAGCCCAGAGCCUUGUUAUUGUUCUUUCUGGAAUCCUGCAGCUGUAUUUCUUGAAGCGUCUCUUCAAUGUCCCACUGACUACAGGCACAAAGAAACCAAGAUGCUAA